AUGAAUGUUUUAGCUUUAAUUUUGCUUAUAAGCAAGUUUUAUAUGAAUGUUUAUGGGUUAUUUGAAUGUUCAUUUAAUCUGGAUGGAUUUUGGUUUAAUUUGAAGGCAUUGGAUUAUAUAUAUUAUGUGACGAAUAUAUAUACAUUAGAUACAGAAAAAAUAAAUAUGACAUGGAGUAUUAGUUUAUGUAAAGGAAUGAAUUCAGAGGUUUUUGGAGGGGAAGGGAAUUGUAAGAAAGAAUCACGAAUAUGUGGGGUUAAAAGAGUUAUUUCAGGGGAAAAAGAAAGGAUUGAAGAAGUGAAAGGACUUUAUUUUGACAUUGAUGAUAAAUAUUUAACAGAUAAUGGGUUUGAAGUGAUGUUUCAUAAUAAUCGAGCUAGAAAAAGCAAUUUAUCGGCAAUUAUUAAUUUUAUAUGUGAUGAGAAGGAACAUGAUCCAAAAUUGAUUGCUUAUAAAUAUUCUAUGGUUUGGUUAGAAUGGAAGACAAAGUCUGCAUGUAAGGAUAUCAAUUAUGUGAAAAAGAAGAAUGGAACUUAUGGUUUCUUUGAAUUCGAUUUAUUUUCAUACAUAGAAAUGAUCAAAAAUAUGAAAUAUUUUAUUAAAGAUUUUGCAUUAAGGGUAAUUGUUUAUAUAAGGAAUAUGGGAGGUCCAUAUAGAGAAGGAUAUACUGCUAUCUAA